AUGAACGGUACUAGCAACUAUGAUACCCAGCAAAAUGACAAAAGAUACGUUACACAGCGGCGUACUGUUGACAUGAGCUCGCCUUACGACAAAUUAUACUAUUUAAAAAGACACGGACUCCCGCUACCUUUUAUUGAGCCCGAAACGAGCUAUACCACGAACAUACUACCUGCAGAUGCGUACCUGCACAACAGACGGGUGAUUAAUGCACCCACCAAAUUUACACAUCUGAGCUCGAACAAAGUAAAACAUGUUAUUCCUGCGCUGGAAUGGACACCCGAAGGUCGUCGAUUGGUUGUUGCAACAUAUAGCGGUGAGUUUUCUCUUUGGAACGGAUCGACUUUCAAUUUUGAGAGCAUCAUGCAAGCUCACGAUAGUGCAGUUGCUGUCAUGAAAUACUCUCACGCUGGGGAUUGGCUGAUCAGUGGUGACUCUAACGGCACAAUUAAAAUAUGGCAGCCAAACUUUAAUAUGGUUAAAGUACUAGACGAAGCUCAUACUCAGUGUAUAAGGGGCAUCUCCUUCAGUGGCACAGACUCUAAAUUUGUGACAUGCUCCGAUGACAACAUUCUGAAAAUUUGGAACUUCAGUAAUGGUCAACAAGAGAGCACGCUUUCAGGUCAUCACUGGGACGUGCGUAGUUGUGAUUGGCAUCCCACCAUGGGGCUCAUUGCAUCCGGGUCCAAGGACAAUCUGAUCAAGCUUUGGGAUCCCAGGUCUGGCCAAUGCAUAAGCACCAUUCUAGGUUGCAAACACACUAUCAUCAGUACCAAAUUUCAGCCUGCCAAGGGAAACAUGCUGGCCGUGAUAUCUAAGGAUAAAAGUUGUCGAGUUUUUGACAUUCGACAGAAUAUGAAAGAGAUGGUGGUCUAUCGAGAUGACUCAGAUUACAUGUCUUUGACGUGGCAUCCUGUUAAUGAAUCUGUCUUUACAGUGGGCUGCUAUGAUGGUUCUAUGAAGCAUUUCGACCUUCUUCAGGAGCCACAAGAUUCAAUGUCAGGAUACUUUCACAACAUUCCAUACGCUCACGAUAAAUGUAUUACGUCUUUGGCUUAUAAUCCAGUGGGGCAUAUCCUAGCCAGUGCAUCAAAGGACCGAACAAUACGCUUCUGGACAAGAGCUAGACCCGUUGACCCUAACGCAUUCGACGAUCCUACCUACAAUAACAAGAAGGUUAACGCAUGGUAUUUCGGCAUCAAUAACAACAUUAACGCAAUCAGGCCAAAAACUGAAGACGGUAUAGCAUUGCCUCCGGCAGGCAACGAUUUUAUGGGCUCGGUGAAUAAUACCAACGUCAAUCCCGGAAUAAGGGUUCAAUCACCAGCGUCUUCAGGUCUACCGGGCCUUAACUUUUGA